ACACUCCUGCUUCGUUUGCUCUUCCCCAUUGAGUGUGCAUGGUGCAUAUUUCAAAUUACUUGUCGUUUGAACAUCGUGUGAGAGGAUUGAGCGCCUCUCCGCGGCUUCAUUCCCCCGCUCCUGUGCUGUCUUCCACACUACUGUGAUGCGUCGCAAAAACCUGUUGCUAUUUUCCUCUUGGCGUUCGAAUGCAAAGUCCCCUCCUGAGCCCUCUCUCCCUGAUCCGCAACCAUUGCACACCUCGAGGUCCUUGCCCAGGAUUGUUAUGACCAGUCCCCAGGUAACGGAUGGAGAGGUUGGGUCUCGUGCUGUUUCUCUGGCAUCCAUGUCUAUGCCGCCGCCCUCAUCUCUCCGAGAUCGAUUUGCUCGAUGGGUCCUAAGAUGGCGAAGUCCCAGUCCCAACGACAAAUCAACUACACGACGCCCCAAACAGUCCACGGGGAGCGCGUCCCUGCAGCCGUCUCCUGAUAACUCGCGGCUAUCGCUCUCUUCCCUCCGUUCUAAAGAGAAUGUUAAUAAUAAUACCCCUUCAAGGUCCAACCCACCAGCCAUCUACGAAACGAGUGCUGCGUCCUUCGAGCAGCCGGGGUCCACAGGCGAUAGCGAUGGCUGUUCAUUGGGCGUGGAGUCUUUACCAGGUCCAGCAGCACCGGCGGCGGGAACCCGCUCACAUGGUGACCAGAAGAAGACCAUCAUGAAUGCUAUUAAACUUCUCCUUCAAACUUCUUCCACCGCUCUUAAACUCGCGCCUAUACCCAAUCUCGAUCAGAUUCCGAACACGCUCCUGGCGUGGAUAAAUACCUACGAGGUGUGCACGGCAUCCUGAGCUCCUUUGGUGAUCGCACCAAUGCCUCUGAUAUUGUACGGCAACCCAGAAUGUCACCGGAAACGCUGAAGACAUGGAAAAGUUGUACGUUGUGAUCCAGCAAGUGCACGACUCGGUGUUUCAGCCCCUCCGGGAAUGGACCGGCGAGGUUCCCCCCGAACUGGAAAAUCUAACACGGGAUUUCCAUGCAGCCUUGAAGAAACAAGUAGAGGAAAUUGAAUUAACCCAGCGAAAAAAUCUGCCAACGAGGGCUAUCCAAGCGCCUGACAUAACACAGCAAAUAAGUGGCAUGAAGGGCUGCCUGAAGGAUGCUAUUUCUCGUUCCCAGGUUUG